GUACGACCCUUUCGGCAACAAUACCGAUCUCAAAUGCGGUAACUGUCACUACGCCGUAACACGUUGUGCAUCUGAUCCUCCUAAAUCCCGCAACUCCCGGUAUUGACAUUCAGAGGACCUUGUGCUCACCACCAAGCUGCGUUCAGGAGAGAAGGCCUUUACGAUGGCAUCUGGGGUAGUUGUCGUUUCAACAACAGUCAGCAACCUUCCAUGUCAAACCAGUCCAUGCAAUGCUGUCCAUAUACUUUGUACAGGAAGCUCGAGAUCGCCUCUCAUGGCCAAAACGAGAGCUCAGGGGCAACACAAGCCCAGAUGGAGCAUCAAGUCAUUGCCCAACGACAGAUCUGCCGGAGUACACGAAUGAGCGUCAGAGGACUGGACAAAACGGGUUAGGCGCAGCUUGGCGCGUCCAGACGGCAGGAGUUGACCAUGCCGUGGGACACGACGCCUUUUGCACACCUCAUGCCAGACCGCCAUGGACCAUCGACAAAACGGGCUCAUCGGAGUCAGCGAGUGGGAUGACAAGGACCUGGAAUGGCUGCGUUGUGUUGAUGACAGUUCAGUCCGGUGCAUGGUCAAACAGGGCGAGGAUCAACAGGUGGAGGUAUAUCGAAGUACAAGUCCAGUCAAGAUACUCGCCAGUUUUCAGGAGAGGUACUCAGCACACCGUGGUAAGCAUCAUCACCGGGAGAUGAUGAGAUAUCAUGCAGUCUGGUGCACUACGGACUGGAGACUCAGAGAGAGUACUACCUCCCCUCAACUUCGCGAGACUCGUUCUGCAGUGACUCUGCAUAUCGUCACAUUUCCAUAUCCCAUAACGAGAAUCCCGGCGUUAUAACAUGAUGGAUGGCCUCGUCA